CUCAGUCACCCCGCCCCCCGGGGAGCAGCAGUGCCCCUUUACUGACAAACGUAUUUUCCGUCACGCCAUUUUCCAUCGACGACCGAGAGGAGCAAACCAUCCGGACGAGACGAAGCUGCGAACUGCGACGACCACGGGCCUCGGAAAGACGACAGCCAUUUUAAGCUACCGUUAAAUAGCCGCUUAGCUUCGCCUAGCGUCGAGUGAAACUCGAGUUUUAAACGUGAAACGACACAUUUUAAAGGCGGAAUACAGGCAACUAUGCAAGAUUCAGCCAUGCAUCGUGACUGUCCCCUUGACUGCAAGGUUUAUGUUGGAAACUUGGGCAACAAUGGAAACAAGACAGAGUUAGAGAGGUCGUUCGGCUACUACGGUCCUCUCCGCAGUGUUUGGGUGGCCAGAAACCCUCCAGGCUUCGCCUUCGUAGAGUUUGAAGACCCCAGAGAUGCGACUGAUGCCGUCCGCGAGCUCGACGGAAGGACGUUGUGUGGUUGCCGGGUGCGAGUAGAGCUGUCCAAUGGCGAGAAGCGCAGCCGCACCCGUGGCGCUCCCCCUUCGUGGGGCAGGCGUCCUCGAGACCGAGACGACUACAGGCGCCGGAGCCCGCCAGCCAGACGCAGAUCCCCACGCAGGAGGAGCUUCAGCCGCAGUCGAAGCAGGUCUUUCUCCAGAGACAGGAGGAGGGAGAGGUCCCUCUCCCGGGACAGGAACCACAAACCUUCCAGGUCCUUCUCACGAUCAAGAAGCCGCUCCAGGUCCACUGACAGAAAAUAGAGGGCGGUCUGUCAGGUGUAAAGGGAGUUGAAGAUGAACGGUUGUACAGGCGUCUCCGUUUCAUAUGAUGGACUUCAACGUGACCAACAUGGUCAUUUUUGUGUUGGUUUUUUUUAAACAAUCAUGCAUUUUAGUGUCCCUCCCCCCUUGUUAUGGUCAUUUUCAUACAUUGAGUGGGUGUGUAGAAGUGUGAUCGCUCGAGUCACGUCCAUCAUCGGCGGUCCUGGAACAUUUUUGACACCCAGCAUUCCAGUUCACUUAAUCUCUUCUGAGCUUUGUUUUUGUUUUUUUUGUCAAUGAAUGUACUGUGUAGUUUGACUUAGUGUGAGUAGUUUCAUUUUCACCGUGGAAAAUGCCAGCUUUUUUUUUUUGUUUGUUUUAUUUCAUAGGAAGGGUUGGGAUGAUUUGUAAUGGAAGUUCCACCUUUUUUUUUGAUUGUCUGUAUAGCCAACAUAUUCCUGACAUGCUACUUUCUUACUUCAUACUGAAGGUUUCCAUCUGUUUAUGGUUGGUGGUUUAAUAAAUGCACCCCCUCGUUCAAAAUGCAAAAACUAUGGCAUUGAUUUAAAAGGUGUAAUGACCACAGGUCAGAUUUUUGUCUAUGAAGUUUUCUGUUUUUUUCUUUUGUUUGAUACUAUGUGAAAAUGUCAAUUAAAAACUGGUUGAUUAAAAAAAAAA